CGCGCGGAUGUUUUCAGUCGCGAUUUGUCCGCGCCGCAACUUUGUCGUUCGGGCGACGUACAAGCGCCGCGCGCCCAGUUUCCGCGUCUCUCGAUACAAGUGCGUGAUUUAAACGAAAAAGUGCAUUGUGGAACUGUUCUAUUCAAACUAUUUUAUGAACCGAAUUUGGAUUUUUAAUUCAUAUUAGCUGACGUGGAUGCUACGAUAUUACGAAGUAAAAUGACAUUGUCAGCGCCCCCGAUCGAUGAGUAUGAGGACCCGUUCGUCGUGAUGAACACGACGAACGUGUCGAGCCACCCGGCCGCCUACGACGAGCCAUACACCCUGGACCUGGUGGUGCCUCUCACCGUCACAUACGUGGUCAUCUUCGUGGCCGGCAUCCUGGGGAACACCAGCACCUGUGUGGUCAUUGCGAGAAACCGCUCUAUGCACACCGCCACAAACUUUUACCUAUUCAGUUUGGCAAUUUCGGAUCUCAUAUUGUUAGUAUGUGGACUGCCGUUCGAGGUGCACAGAUUAUGGAAUCCGGACACUUAUCCGUUGGGCGAGGCCCACUGCAUCGCCAUCGGGUUAGCGUCGGAGACUUCAGCCAACGCGACAGUGUUGACAAUAACCGCGUUUACGGUGGAGCGGUACAUUGCGAUAUGUAGACCUUUCAUGUCGCACACCAUGUCGAAGCUGUCACGAGCUGUGCGGUUUAUAAUAGCUAUUUGGGUGUUUGCGUUGUGUACUGCGGUGCCGCAAGCGAUGCAGUUCGGUAUAGUGUCGUAUAUAGAUAAUGGUCAGAAUGUGAGCGCGUGUACAGUGAAGGGUGUGGGAGUUCAUCAAGUGUUCGUUAUAUCUAGUUUCGUGUUCUUCGUGGUGCCUAUGUCGAUGAUAUCAGUGUUGUAUGCGUUGAUCGGCAUUAAGUUGCGGACCUCUCGCGUGUUGCAUCCAGUGAAGAAGCUCUCGGUGGACAGUAAUGAGAGAGCGAGUGGUCAGAUGCAGUACAGGAACGGAGCUUCACAGAGGAGAGUCAUUAGAAUGCUCGUUGCGGUGGCGCUGUCAUUCUUCAUUUGCUGGGCGCCCUUCCACGUGCAAAGGUUGCUAGCGAUCUACGGGAAAAGUUUAGAGCACCCUUCGGAUACCUUCUAUUUGGUCUACAUCGUGCUGACGUUUUUGUCGGGAGUGCUAUAUUUCCUGUCAACAGCCAUCAACCCGUUCCUCUACAACAUCAUGUCGAAUAAGUUCAGAAACGCUUUCAAGGUUACAUUGGCGACGUGGUGCGGUCGUGGAGGGCCUCGCAUGGGGAGGACGUACAGCGCCCUGCUGGCGUCACAGCGGCUGCGCGCUGGCGGGGCCGGCGCGUGCGCCAGUGUCCGGGGCACUCGCCGCCUGCGCAGGCUCUCCACAGCCACCACACAACUGUAUGAUGCGCCACCCCGAGCGCAGGUGAGUGUUACAACGGGCGCGACCUACCAACCGUUAACGAGUCCCCGAGCGGGAACGGACACUGGGCUCGAGCGUGGCGACUACGUAUCCAUGACCCCUCCGACUCCGUCGACUCCCCUCGAAGCAUCUCCAACUCCAGUCUUCGUGAGGUCGACGACGAGCUCACUGGAGAAGAGCUGGCCACCUACAUGUACCACGUGAACUGUAAUAUCGGCGGACUCACCUGAGACACGUCUGUGUGAACCACAGUGACCAAGACACGCUCCCGAGCACCGCUACUAGUGACUCUAGGACGGCCUAAAGUGUUAACUAUUUUAUAGACGUUUCUAUGCGAUUUUAAAAUUGUACAUAAGAUAUUGUUGUCCAUUGUUAGAUACGGCUUUGUUAAUAUUUAAAUGUUAACGUGCACUCACACGUCCAUUUUGGUCUGAGUGCUAAUCUAUGUUCACUCGAACAUAAUGGGAAAAUAACAUCAAAAUAUUGUCCUUGAGGAUCUAUAUGUAUAGUGGACGAAGUCGCCAUAAUAACUUCCUAUCAAGGGAUUGAGGGCGUGUUCCUACCUAUCCAUAUAAUUCCGGAGACUUGCCCACUGUGUCAUAAAGCUGUAAUCUUUGGCACGCACUACCCAUUAUUCAUUCUUGAUCUAUUAAUUACAUAAGGGUGACACUUCACCUUACAUUCUAGUUAGCUCCAUAAAUCUCCAAUCUAUACCCAAAAGGAUGGACAUUGAUUUCAUACGGAGACAUCUGAGAAGAAUUAAUGUUUGUAAUAUCGAUCAAAAUUGUCAGUGAUUUAUAUUUAUUAUCGAACAAAUUGAUAAUAGUAUUGAAACCAAUAUAGAUAGGUGUAUGGAUAAGUAAAUAUGUAAUACUCUACUGAUAAUAUUAAGUACGGUGGUUGUAAAAAGUAUGUGCUAAGCACAAUAUAUUAGCAUAGAUCGUUGAGUGUGGCGCGUGGGUAGAUCGAACUGAGAGCUAUGUUUAGUACGGAAAGUACUCUGAUAAAUUAUGUAUGUGUUAAGCUGCGAAAAGUGAGAAUUCGUGAUGUUAAAUGUACCGUUGUUUCCCGCCCGAAUCUGUUGGGGUCGAGCCAUACAUCACUGAAUCGUACCAAGGGCGUUGGAGGAACUUCAUUCGUGUCUGUGACAGUAUCACCACGAUAUACGUCCAUGAUUCGGUUCGCCAUGUGGUACCCCCUCGAGUAAUAGGGUAGAUGACUAUAUUUUAUUUCAAUGUCGACUUGUAGAUUAUUUUAAAACAUUAAACACGUAUUUUUUCAUUUUCUUAGGGAAACGAAUACUUUCAUAGACAUUGAUUUGAAAUAUCGCGUGACGUCACUUCUAGGCACGUUUUAUACGUAGAAAUGACGUCGCUAGCUAACUCCUAAACUUUAAUACGUUAUAUCUAAGUAUUGUUAUCUUAUAUGACAAAAUAAAAAAUACGUGUCUAAUAUUUUUUAAUCACCUAACUGACGGCCUAAAUAGAUUUUUAAGUUUAAUUCACAAUCACACUCUAUUACAUGGGACUUAUAACACAAAUGGUGAAAAGUGGGUGUACAUUGUAUAGCGGCAUUAAGUGCCAUAAUGCACCUCUGCUUACCCCUUCGGGGAUAAAAGAUGACGUUAUGUUACACCAUCAUCAUCCCUACUCACGACACGCUGGUGUCUAUACUUGAUGAGACUGUAAAUGGCGGUUAUAUUAGUAAUACUAAUCCGUGUGACCUAAGCUAAGAAUGUAUGUACGUACUUAAGAGAUUAAAAUAAUUAUACAUUGUCAAUCAAGUGUAAACGACUAGUGUACUUUAAACAAUAAUUUGCUAUGUAUACAAAAACAGACUGUGUGUAAAGUAUACCUAUGUGAAUAAAUGGAACAUAAGACCCUAAGUGACUUGGAUUAUAAUAUAAAUUUGUAUAAAAGAAUGUCCAAAGAGUGAUGUUAUUAGUUUUGACAAUACUCUUGAAGUUUUAACCGAAUCAUUUUGCGUGAUUAUGUUUUAAUAAGAUGUGUCAUUAUUUGAAUGUGUGGGCAUUAAAAGGCUUUGGCUGUGUAUUUCAUUAGAUUUAAUAAAAUUUAGCGAAAUAAGGAAAUGUAAAAAUGACUGUAAAUUAUGCAUCGAUGUUUCGUAAUGUUUGAUUUUUAUAAAAAACGAAAAGAAAAUGUGAUAUAAAUCCGUUGUUGGACAAAGGGGUUAAAAAUUAUUUGAAUGAAAAAUUGUCUAAAUUACUUAUGUUCCAAAGAUUUUUGUUGACAUAAUAUUUUGCUAAUACUCGUGAUUAUUGAUUUUCAAUUUGUGACCUUACGUGGUUUAGAUUAAGACUCAUUUUAUUUUGUGAUCAAAUAAUAUUGUGUUGAAUAUCUGUUUCCCGUCAGAUGCCAAUGUAGUCGGGUCACAUUAAAUUGUUUAGUACGGUAAUUAAUAUCAUUGUUAACGGUAGCUAAGUAAUUGUUGUUGUAAAAUAUCAUAACGAGUGAUCUAUUUUGAUUAUUGUAAUAUCAAUGAAUUAAAAGGAAUCUCCAACUCA